GUCGAAUUCUGAAUAUUUCAUCUUAAGGCCAUCUAAUACCUAAUAGCAUCCAGAAAUCCGACACACACCAAGAUGGCCUCUGCCGAUGAACUUACCACCGGCGAAUGGAUCCGCGCGCUGCUGGAACCAGGCCAAUUGCUGGCUGCUGCCAUGUCAAACUAUGUACGAGUCAGCUUUGAAGCAGUCUUCCAGCGCGGCCAGGUACUCGCGCCACUAUUCAAGACAGACAAGCUUCGAGAUGAAUCUUUUGCGCGGUUCUGGGUUAAAUUUACCUCAAAUCGCGAACAAGCCCUCAAAAAUAGCGAACCACCAACACCCAACAAUAAUGAACCCCAGUCUGCCCCUCCCAGGGCCCUAAUGUCAUCCGACCUAAUCCCCCCAAUCCUAGCCAAAGCAUUCGGCAUCGUACUAGACGUCGGUCCAGGAACAGGCACCCAGAUGCCCCUCCUCCUUUCCCCAGCCAUCAAAGCCAUCUACGGCGCUGAGCCAUGUGUCGGAUUACACAAGGAGCUGCGCGCACGCGCACAAGCAGAGGGGUUGUCUGACAAGUACCACAUUCUCCCUUGUAGCGUUGUAGCGGCGGACCUUGUGCCGGAGUUACAGAAGCAGGAUCUCAUGCCUGUGGCGAGUCAGGGUAUCUUUGACACGAUCGUCUGUGUGCGCGUGUUGUGUUCUGUGCCGGAUAUGGAGAAGACGGUGGGCGAGUUGUACGGGUUGCUUCGGCCGGGUGGACAGCUGCUUAUCACGGAGCAUGUGGUGAAUCCGUGGCGGACGGCGAAGGGGUCUGUGGGUGCACGGGUGAUGCAGGGUUUGUAUGAGAUGUUGGGAUGGAGAUUCUUCAUGGGUGAUUGUUGUAUGGAUCGGGAUACGGAGGCGGUGUUGCGAAAGGUGGCGGAGAAGGAUGGGGGGUGGGAGUCGGUGGAGUUGGACAGGUACUUUGGUCGGACGUGUAUGCCGUAUAUCGCGGGGACGUUGGUGAAGAAGAGUACAUGAGGGUGAGGGCUGUGUUGUUGAAGCUCUUGUCUCAACGAAUUGAUUACGAUUAUGUCUAGAUAGCUCUAUUGUUCUACGUAUCCUGUUUAUAACUUUUUAUAAACCACAUGAGUGAUAUUAUGCAUUUGUAGAAUUAUACAGACAAGAUCAACUGGGUAUCAUCAUUAUCAUAAACCU